GGGGAAGUCGGAGUGUGCCAGCGGACACGCCGCUGGUUCUCUGGUGCUUUGUGUGUCUCCUGGCUCUGCUGUCCCUGCAAGAGCCGGAGGGUUGCUGUUUUCUGCCGGAUGUAGAGAAUUGGUGAGCAGAAAGCUUUCUUUUAGUGAAAUAUUUAGCUCAUGCUGAGAAACAAGUCAGAAAACCCGGCCAAAAGCUAAUGUCAUCCGAAACGCCAACAGACAGUCCAGAGGUGCCAAUGGAAAAUACCCUUUUCUCCGAAGUUCCUGAUGUGGAAGGAAAGGUGAAGUCAAAUGACAGUCCCGUAGAGAGACAGGAGGCAGGCUUAGAAAAGGAAGAGUGCUCUGAGCCCAUGUCCAAAAGACAAAGGAAGAAGUUAUUGAAGCAGAAACAGUGGGAGGAACAAAAAGAUCUACGGAGGCAGAAACGAAAAGAAAAACGCCAGAAGAGAAAACUAGAACGUCAGUCAAAAUUGGAUUCCAGUAACGAAGGGAAUGACAGAAAGUGCAUGCGCAGGGAAGUUGUUCCUAGCACACUUCGCCUCAUUGUGGACUGCAGCUUUGAUGACCUGAUGGUGUUAAAGGAUGUUAAGAAGCUUCACAAACAGAUUCAGAGAUGUUAUGCAGAAAACCGCAAGGCAUUUCAUCCUGUGCAGUUUUACUUGACCAGCCAUGGUGGACAGCUGAAGAGCAACAUGAAUGAAAAUGACAAAGGAUGGGUGAACUGGAAGGACAUCCAAAUUAGAACAGAGCACUACAGUGAGCUAAUAAAGAAAGAAGACCUAGUAUAUCUUACCUCAGAUUCCCCAGAUGUUCUCGAAGAGCUUGAUGAGAAGAAAGCCUAUGUGAUUGGAGGACUGGUGGAUCACAAUCACCACAAGGGAAUAACUUACAAAAAAGCUGUAGAGCAAGGCAUUGGUCAUGCGCAGCUCCCACUCAGAAACUUUGUCAAGAUGAACAGUCGGAAAGUGUUAGCUGUCAAUCAUGUGUUUGAGAUCAUCCUUGCCUACCUGGAGAAGAGAGACUGGAAGGAGGCCUUUUUCAGUGUCCUGCCACAGAGGAAAGGGGCUGUUCCUCUGGGAGAAGCCAAUGAUUCAUCCAAACAUGCUCUGUCUGGAAAAGAAGAUGAAGACAAUGACUCGGACAGUGACUAGGCUUUAGAAGGAGAUGAUGGGAAAGAUGCAACACACAAUUCAUGGGAUAAAUCUGGGACGUGAAGUGGUUACACUCCAAAGACCAUCUGCUGUCUUUGUAAUACUGAAUUGUCUCAGUGCUGGGUAGUUCCACAGUUUGCCUAAAGCUGUUUGUGUACAUGAAGGGUAAAGUUAAAUGCAGUUUUUUACCCUGAAACUUCAAUAUUAUUAGCUUUCAGAAAAAAAAGAAAUGAAUGGCAAAUGUAGCAUUUAUUUUUCCCAAGGGAGCUGUUUAAUUUAAUUUUUUAAUAUUACUUUUUUAUACAUACAAAUUUGGGUGUAAUAGCCAAGAGCAUUAGUAGUUACUAUUUUAAUGUAUGCAUUCUUCUCCAUUUCUACUCUAAAUUUUCUUAAAAGCAAUUAAUGACAAGUGUUCCUGUGACUCCAAAACCUGCACCACUAGUGCCUGUUGCAAAGUGUGCAUGAACACUCCAAACAAACAAACAAACAUUGUAAUUUUCCUGAACUUCUCAACACACAGUUGCAAUCAACUGAACUGCCCAGUUUGUAUAUUGUGUUUAGUUAGGUGGGGUCAAUAGAUGAAAUAUGAGUGUGGGGUUAAGGCAGUGCUUACACUUGAGCUUGAGUGGGAUGGGUGUCAGCACAGGUGCAAAUCAGGUGCCUUGGUUGGCACAUUGUGCAUGUUGAAUUGAGGCAACACCGUGACUUUUAAUUAUUUCUUCAUCUCCUUAGCCAAAUUUAUCACACAGCCUCAGAACAAUCCUAGGAUACAGGAACUCUUCCUUACAAGUCACUUACUCAGAUUCAGUAUUCCUGUUUAGUCACAUGAUCCUGUUUGUAAUGUAGUGUCUGUCAAAUAUUUUGCUUUAAAAAAAGAAGUCAUAAUCUUAGUCUUGGCUGGAUGUUCUGAUUCAGCUUAUUUCUAACUAACUGAAGUGCUUCUGCAAAGUAGUGAAGCGGACCCCUUGGAAUUGAGGCUUCACUUCAGCCCCAUGAGCCUGCCCCAUCCCUUUUUUCUCCAGGGACUAGCCAAGUAGCUGCAGUGCCUGAAUAAGUACAGCUUUCACACCGGUUGGCUGAAGAGCGUGAGGACAUGGCAUCCUAACUGGUCUGGUAUGUUGCUCACUGGUGCCUCAGCCCGUAGUUGGUGUUGAUGCUGUUUACCUGUUCUCUGUCUGUGCUAACCUAAUCAGGUCCUAUGAGGCUGAAGUUCAUGCCUCUUUUCACACACUGGAUGCUGUCCAUGGGAUGUGUUCCCUGGUGAGAUGGAGCAGUAGAUGAGUAGAGUGGGAUUUCGAUUGGCACAGCCCUCUGACUACCACUGCCAUCCGCAACCUUCCACAUCCUACAGUUUUUCAGCUGUCUAGAAAAGGCUGUUCUUGGCAGACCUGGACUCACACUGAAGAAGUUUCUAACCCUUUCCUAAAUGCUGUAGGUGCUCAACUGUUCACUGGUGGAAUCAGCAGCAUUAGACACGACCAUACUACAGUGGUGAUUUGCUUUCAGUCAGCAGGCUGCAGCUGUGCAGAAGUCCUCUGUGGAGAAGCGAUGGCUCAAGAAGCCCUAAAGCCUCAUUCUUGCAAUAACUUCAGUAUAAAGUUACUGAUGAGAACAGUUGAAUUGGUUGUAGCACAUGAAAAUCAGCCCAGCAUCAGAUCAAGUUUAUUCCUCAUUUGCAAUCUCCAGACCUGGCCAUAUUGUUCUCAGUAUUUUCAAGAUGGACACACUUGCAUAUUUUAGGCAUGGCCAACUAAUGCAUACACAGUAAACAGAGACAAAUCACUAUACUGUUUUAUAGUAGGAAAAGACAAGGAAUUAGUUUCUGAUAACAGGAAUAAAUAUUUACAUGGAGUGCUCUCAGGCAUCUCUUAAAGAAACGUUCUUCUUUGAACCAGCUUCAGCUGCACAAAGUUAACAAAAGUGUAGAAAAACAUGCAGGGAAGUUCUCUGCUUCACUGUGCUCUCCUCAAGGAAGAUCAGCUCUGACAUGCUUGUCUAACCAGGCCUCUCAGACCUCCGAGGUGAUGGUGCCACACCAUCUCCAAGCAAUUUUUGCUCUCUGUGCCCAGAGAAAUUUUUUUUUUGAAGUGUAAUUUGAAUCUGCCUUGUUUCAGUUUAGGUAGAUUUGUUCCCUGGCCAUGAUGGAGUUGAGGAAUAGGACAUGACAAAAGAAGCUGCACAGAAGCUCUAGAAGAACAUGAUCCCUGUGUUUUGCCACCAGGUGUCAUUGCUGUGCUUAGGAAAGCUCUGAUUUUCAUCACUAAGCUUUGUGAAGUUCGGGUAUUGCCUGAACUAUUGCUUAACAAUCCUGAGCAGCUUCUGAACAGCAGAAUACAGCCAGAGAUCUUUAUACCUGUCUAAUGAAACAUUAGAAAGGCAAUAAAGAAGGUAUGGUUCAAUGAAUCUGAAAAGAAAAUGUCGGAAAAUAGGAAAGGGAUAUGGCAGAAAGUCAAGCCUUCAGGCACAAACGGGCAAACUUUCUUUUAGUGGCAUGCAGUGGGGAGGCCACAAGAAGAUGCCAUAAGAAAGCCUGUUGUCUUGUUCCCUCCCACUGAGCCUCAACGCCCCUGGUUAUGGGUGGGAUAUGACAGAGAGAACAGAUUUCUGAAGUCAUGCAGCAUUCAUUCCUUUUCCUGGAUUCAGGUCAGUUUGUCUGUGAUUUGGUUUCCACAUGUCCCAUGUCGUAAGUGCUUGUUGACUCCUGGCUUGCUUAUGGAGCAGAAGUGUUUGAUUGUAGACACGACUCUGCAGGAGGGCACCUGAAUUUUUUGAGUGGGAAAAAGCCUCUCUGAAUGCCCCCAUCUUAGAGGUUUUGGUCAAGAAGUUGACCACUGAUGGUGUUUUUUUGCAGUGCAAGCUGGCAUACUGCACAGGGGUGCAGCUGCUGAGGGGAUCCACAGUGACCAGUUAUUCUGAAAAACCACAUCACCACCUGGGCUCAGGGCAGCUGCAGGAGUGCAGGAGUGGCAUUCCUAAAGUCCUUAGAGCUUGAGGAAAAGGUCAGGGACAUUUGAAGAGUUCCAGUGUUUCUUUGACUUAAACAGAACUUUAGAUUGCUUGGGCUGUGUUGUAGAUCCCACUGAAGAUCAUGGGUUCACCACACAGUUAUCGGUGCUGGUUCAUAUUAUGGUAAAGUAUCCAUUUACUCUGCAGGAGGUUUUAAAAUAAGGUUUGAGUAAGCCCAUAUUCUUCUUGUCAUAAGUUACUCUGAAAAGCAGAGAUGGAGUUCCAUGUGACUUCCAAAUCUAAAGCUGAAUUAUCUUUGGCCCAUCUUUGAAAUGUGUAGCUUAAUUGUCCCUCCAAGAAGGUGGCUGUGUUAGCUGGGACAACAGCAUCUACUACUGACAAUCCUAAAGCCAAAUAAUAAAAUGUUUGAUUCAUAUUCA